CUAACCCGGAAGUUUGCCAUUUCUGAACAAACCAACGUGAAGACUUCGUCGCCGCGCAAAAUUUUGUGUAAUACAGUUAUACGGAAUUCUUUUCUGGUAGAAAACGAAAUAAUAUUUUAAAUAGAAUGGCAUACCGGGGACAAGGACAAAAGGUCCAGAAGGUUAUGGUCCAGCCUAUUAAUCUAAUUUUCAGGUAUCUUCAAAAUCGGUCUCGUAUUCAAGUCUGGCUCUAUGAACAGGUCAACAUGCGGAUCGAAGGAUGCAUCAUUGGCUUUGAUGAAUACAUGAAUCUGGUUCUGGAUGACGCAGAGGAGGUUCACAUGAAAACCAAGAACAGGAAGCCUCUGGGUCGGAUCAUGCUGAAAGGAGAUAACAUUACCCUACUGCAGAGUGUAGCCAGCUAACCAUCUACCCAUGAUGUGAUGUGGACGUCUGAUUUUGUUUUUGUUUUCCCAUUGUGUAUUUCUAGAAUGUGAGGAUGACUGUGUUUUCUUUAUUCAUGAGUGUUUGUAAGGAGGACGCUUGAAUUGUUAACUAUGGUGGGAGCUUUUGAUAAACCCCUCUACAAUUAAAGACUUUCGGUUUGUUUCUUA